GUUAAGGGGGAGAAUCAUCAUCAUCAAUAACAUCAUAAGUUUAGUAAUUAAUUGCUUUUUAUAGCUGUUUAAUUAUCAGAUAACUAACCAACAAAAAAUGAAUGUAAUUUCUAACAGACUUUUCUACUGUGCUUCUGAUCUUGGUUUUCCCAAUAAUCACGUCCACCAGUUAACCUUUUUGUCGUUCAAUACAUUUUUUGUUUCUAAAUAUUUUUAUUUUCUGUUAGUAAUUUCAUUGUUAUUUAAUUUAUUUAGUAAUUAAUAUUUAUACUUAACUCUACAGUGCAACUACAAAUUAAAGUUAAUCAUAAGCUUGUGCUCCUUUAAAAAGUAACCUUUUCUGGUUGGCUUUUUUUCUUUUGUUCAACAUUUUGUUCGACACACCAACAUGGUCCCAACAUUGUCCACUUUAAGAUUUUCCGGUCUUAGAAAUGGAAUUAUAUUCGCUCAGUUAAUUGUGAUUAUUGCCUUCCUGCCAUUCAGUAGUCAUCAAAGAUUAUCAGAUGAUCUUAUAGUUAUUUAUUCAACCGGUCCGUGUUUGAUUUUGAAAUUUUUUUCAAGUACCCAAAAUGGUUCUUUAAUUCCUAGGUCAAAAAAAUUGGAAGUACCAUUGAGUAUCGACGGUAAACCAUGCAGUCAAAAUGAUCUUGGAUGGAUUACAUCUCUUGAUUAUUUUAUUGAACCAUCAACUGGUGAUAUAAAUCUAAUAUGGGGAGAUUCUGAAUCUCAAUCAUUAUGGAGUGGUCGAUUGAACUCAUCCAAUAAUUUAAUUAGUGAUGUCAGACAAUUGAGUGAUUCUUCAAAUAGUAAAAUUGGAUCUCAUAUUAGAAGUUUAAUUUAUGAUGAAAAACGUGGUGAAUUGUUUGCAAGCUUACCCCUAUUACAGAGAAUAGAAAGAGAGGAUCUCAUAAGUGAUAUAUUGCCGAAUGAUGGUGAUAAAAUUGUUAAAAUCAAUAGGAAUGUUAUAAUUGACAAUGUUGAUAUUGGUAAAGUGCUUUACGAUGAAACGCUGGAUAAGUUAUACUGGAUCGAGUCAAAAAAAUGUAUCUGGUCUGGAUCACCGAGAUCGCAAGAGAAAAAUCUACUUAUGUGUGCAAAUCAAACUGAUGGAUUAAUUUAUUCCUUCGUUAUUGAUAAAGAGUCUCAUGAAAUUUACGUUUUCUAUGGAAAUGGUAAAAUUGAACGUCUUUCUGGUCCAGAUGGGUCAUCACGUAAUCUCAUUAUAACCAAUUGUCUUGCCGGUGAAAAGUAUAACGAUGCAAAAUUUUAUACAAUUGAAAUGUUUAAACAUGAAAACUACAUACGAUUUUAUGCCAGUGAUACACAACAUUACGCAUUCCGGCAAAUCACUUUAACCAAAGGUAAUCGUUCUGGUCAACCUGGUAUAGAGGACGAAGAAAAAUAUUUUCUGGAUGUGCAAAAUUCUGGUAUCUUAUUUACUGACCAGCCAAAUAUUUAUGAUUUUGUUUUCUUAGCUGAUAAAUUUGAUAAUAGGUCGAACCAAGUGCCAAACAAUUCUACGGAUUCAAGAUCAUCACCCAAAGUAACCUCAAUUUCUUCAACCUCAGGAGAAACACUUAUCAGUAUAAAUAUGCGAAUUUAUGCUCUUGUUAUUUUCAUCCCUGCUUGCAUUUUCAUUUCAUUAGGAUUAUAUACAGUGUUAUACACGAAAAGUAAAGUGUACACACCAUUUACUUACAAUAAAUUUUGAUUCUCUUGGAAAUAUCUUAA